CUUAGCCGUGGUCCUCCGUGUGUCUGUGAAUGAAUGACAUCAUGCGGGCUGCUGUCGGUCUCCAUCUGCGACAUGACACCCUCAGACACUACGGUUAGACGAUUAUUUAAAAUCUGCCGUUAAACCGGUGUAGAGUGAUGCAGCAGAAGUUGUGUUCCAGAGGUUCUGGUUCUUUCCUCUUGGAGAGGAACGGCCAGGCCUGCGGUGCCGUCACCGUCACCUCCUGCGACCUUCCCUUCCGCUGCCCCCGCUGUGGCGAACAGGAGCGUUUCCGCAGCCUGGCCUCGCUCCGCGCUCACCUGGAGUACCGCCACUCGUACCGCUCACCAGAUGUUACCACUGGCGGCUUCAGCAUCACUGGCAAACUCCCCGACCCGUUGACGGCGGCGAUCCCCUGGCACGACAUGAGCCUCCCGACCCGCAGGGGGCAGCAGAGCACGGGGCGGCCACCUCACGCCCGCUCCCUUAGUGACAGCAGAGACAGUGGGUACCUCCACUCCUACAGCUCUGUGAGGAGACGCACGCAGAGUGUUGGUGUGGGGACGCAGGCUGAGGAGGAGGAGGAGGAUGACGACGAGGAAUUUGGGACAGAGGAUGAAGAUGGAGGAGAUGAGGAUGAGGACGAUGACGAAGGUGAAGAGAGAGAUGGGGGUAGAAACGAGGAGGAUAUAAAAAUGUGCAUCAAAAAGUCAGACGUAUGCCACCAUCAACUCAACCACCAUCAUCUCCCGUUCCCUCCUCCAGCGCCUCUUGGUCCCCCACCAGACCCGGACCUGGACCUGGACCUGGACCUCAUAGAGCAGAACUCAUACUCUGGGUUGGAGACUGCAGCAGCCUCGGCCGCCGUGCGUCGACGACUGGCCAGCAUCCUGCGGGCGGCUGACAGCACCAUGCAGCGCCGGCUGGCCAAGGUGAGCACGGAGCUUGCCCAGACCGACACGGAGCUCCUGUGUGAGCGCGCUCACUCACAGCACUUGGCCCAGGAGAGGCAGGAAGUUGCAGACAGGGAGAGGUCGCUGAGCCGGCAGGUGGAUGUGGCUGUCAUGGUGAUCGCCGCGCUGAGGGAGCAGCUCAACGCCUCAGAGAACGAGCUGGAGCGGCGAGAGAGGGAGGUGAUAACCAUUCAGAAGUUUCUGGAAGCGGCAGCUCGACAGGAGACAUGUGGUAAAGUUCGAAUCCAGCGCUUCAUCGAGAAUCUGCUGAGACGCAUCGCUCUGGCCGAGAGACUGGUGGAGUAUUACCAGGUCAAUGGCAGCCCGCAACAGUGCAACCACAACAAGUACCAGCAGCAAACUGAUAAUGGGCCUCACAGAAUCACUAAAAGCAGGUCAGCAGGAGGUCAGCUGUCCUCGUCUGGUCUCCAUGACAACAGAUCCCACUCCUCCUCGCAGGUCGGCGGCCGUCCUCUGUUCUCCAAACAGGGCGGCGGGGAACGAGACCGGGAGCGGGAGCACCGGGAGCGGCUGGCCCAGUCGUCCAGGCUCUUCUGCCGACCCGAACACAGAGACGACAUCUGGAACCACCAGCGCCGCCGGUCCGCCGGGUACGAAGCAUAGAACUGUAGAGAAACACCGGGGGAGAGGGGGUGUCAGAGGGGAGAACUCUAUUCAACUUUAUUCCAGUGUGUUAACCUAUGGAAAAGUACAGUACAGUCAAACUUACAUCAGACUUCUCUGGAGCAGUUAAUCUGAGGUGACUCCUCCUUCACUAUAGCUCUUCAUUUAAAACAAUGUACUUCUAUACAUGUGGACUGAUGCUCUUAUUCAGCUAAAAGGGUGCAGAUGGUCCAUUAUGCUUAAUAAACUUCAGUUUUUGAAAUCUUAUUUUGACAUAGAAAUGCAAAUUUAGACAAAAUCUAAAUAACUUUCCUGCAUAUAUUGUACAGGAUGUUCAAAAAUAGGGAAACGUUAUCAGUUAUUGGUAAAAGAAUUGAAAUAAUUGACUCAUUUUAAGUCAAAAUGAGAGUGUAAUAUGUAUUAUUCCCUCCAAAUGUCAUCUGAUGGACAUUUUUUAUUUUAGUAUUAUGCAAAAAAUGUUUGCAUAUAUUACAUUUUUGUAUAGCAUGGUUGAAUUCAAUUGCUCCUCCUCCUGAAAAGUGCAAUUUUAAUUCAGUUUUUUAAUAUAUAAAUCAAACUAAGACACCAAUUUAAAAUUAGAGAAAAGAUUACACUAAAUUAUAAAUCAAGAACUCUUUUGUAAAUGUCACUUGGCUUCAGAUGGUCUGAUCACUAAUGAGAGAUGAACACAACACACACAUCACAGUUACUACGCUGCGUUACAGGGUUUAAAAAACAUAAUGCAAUAAUAGAUAUUACUGCAUGACCACAUCGGCAUCACACUGUUUUCAAGUGCAUAUUGUGAAUAUUUUCUAUUGCCAGCACCGUGUUGUUGCAUAUUUUCUACUUUUCCAUAGAUUACUAUACUGAAAUAGACGACGGUGAGGUGUUACACUGGGUGCUUUUUCAGCGGGAUGUAAGUGUGGGUAAACUUUCAGUAUUCAAACAUAUAAAUGAACAGCUUUUCAUCUUUUGUCUCAUCUGUCAGCACAAAUCACAAUAUUUACUACAGUAUGAUUAAUCUCAGUCUUUUAGUGAUAUGUUCUGAAUCCUCUUCUGUGUUUUAGAGAAAAUUCAGGUGGAAAUGUGCUUUUGUAUUCAUCGACUGAUUUCAGAUUUAGUUACAGUUGAUCGUGGAAACAUGAAUUUUGAGGAAGGUGGAUUGAGGAUGAAUAGUUCCCAGUGACGUCGAUGACACGUCCUCUCCUCUGGUUGAACCUUUACAUCUCGGCCUGGUUCCCCCCCUAAAAAACUGCCCAUCAGUCCAGUUAUCUUAUCUCUGUCUGUGCUUUUGAGGCCAAACGGCAGCGACGAAUGCCUGUGAUCAUCUCGGUAGUUUACGUAGUUUAAACUAAACCCCUCCACUGAACAGCAGAUAAUAUAUUAUCAUAGUUUCACUUGUAUGAAAUGUCCUAAAAUGAUCACUUUAAAUGUGCUGCUAAACCAAAUUAUAUCAACUGUGUGAUUAUUAUAAGGUUUGCGAGGAGAUAUUAAUUAAAUUUGUCAAAAAGUGUAUUUAAUGCUGAUGGUGAUAACCUCCAUUUACUUUCAAGGCCAACAAGCAUUUCAGCUAAUUUGGUUUGUGUUGUUAGAGGUUACAUUUAAAAACAUCCAUUGUGUAGUGUUUCUCCACUGUUGGGAGCCGGCCCUGGAUGCUAUCAGAGUUUAAGCUAACGUUGAAUUUUGGGGUAGUUACAUCCCAAGUAUAUAAGCUAAGAAAUCAGUACGAACUUACUGUUUUCAAUCGUACCUACAAUACUAGGACUAACCAGCUCUGUGUUGCUACAAGAUGAAUCCUUGUUCUUUUAUUUCUGUUUCUUUUAACUGUUGGGGAUAAUGACUUUCUAUCUGGGGCCUGUUAGCUUUAGCAUCAGUCUGUUAGCAUGAUAUAAGUACUUAUUUAGCCAUGAAAUGCAUAUUUAAGACCCCUUUUACAAGAUUCUCAUCGGUUCAAAUCAUUAAAAAGUUAGCUGGGGUUAAGUGUUUUGCUGUUGGGAGAAGUUUGCCUCGAGGGCUUUCUCUGCCAACAAGGAAUUUCUUGAUAGAGGUUAGGAACAAAACAGUGGUUUUUGGUUAAAUUGAAUAGAGUUCUGCCAGAACGUCUAUAUGCCGGCAUUUACAAACAGCUCAUGUAGCAAAUGUUAGCAUAAUUAGCAUGGUAGCUAUGUCUGAUCAAAUCUGCCAGCAAAAGUUUUCAUUUAAGUCGGCAAAUUCACCCGUCAUUGGUUCUAAAAGAAGAGCCUGCUUUUGUCUGCCUCUGUUUGAAAUUAAGGACCUAUUGAUUCAAAAAUUAAUAGAAUUAUUGAAUGGUAAAUCUCUUCUUUUUAAUCACUGUAAACUGUGCCAGAACUGAAAAGCUUGAUAGCGACACUGAAGCUGAACCAUCUGCACCACCAGCAUCAAGACUCCCUCUGGAGUCGGAGAAAUAAAGGGAUUGUUGUUGACUCAUAGAUGGAGUCAUUGUGCCAAAAUUAAACCUACACUUUAUUAGCAACACUUUAAAAUCUGUAUAAUAGUCGGUUGAUUGAAAUAUUGUAUGAUUUGGGACUUUUUCAGUCUUCCUCCACCAACAGCAUCCUCUGAGAGGGUCAGGCAGACACUACUGUAGCCUCUAGAAUCUCUCUGGAGACUGUUAUAACUCAAAUGCAGCAAUAUAUCUUAUUUUGAUUCAAGGGGGAGGCCAUGGCCGUGUUCUGGUGCUUUUGUUCACAUCUGAAAUUCAUUAUCUGGUAAAUGAGACAGUUUAAAAAUAAGUUUGGUUAUAAUUGAUGCACACAACAAAGCUGUACCUAUUCAUCUUUGGUGGAUUUUAAAAACCCGUUAGCUGUAUGUAUACUGGUAAUUAAUAAUCUAAACUUCACAGGAGCAUCAUUUUGUAACUUCCUCGCAGCUCUGCUUUGGUUUGCGAAGCACAGACAGGAGUCUGAUGACACCAGACCUGGGUCAAAUGAACUCUGCAUAUUUUUGGCUUUUGUUCUGAAGAGGCUUCAGAUGGCAGAUGGGUCGGAUUCACUACAUUAGGACCAAUACAGUCUAACCUGUCUAAUAUUGUACAUAGAGAGAAAACGUAGAUAUGUUGACUUGGAAAUACUUUAUUGUGAUAUUUAUUUUUUCUGACAGUCGUGGUCCUAUGUAGCCGAUCACCACCAAUCUGUCAUCUUGUUCUGUAAAAUAUUCCACCUUUGUUUAAAGGAAACCUGCUCGGGAAGGUUUUCCAUUUGCCAGAGUCAGAUGAGAGGUUGGUUAUUAGUUUCAUCUCUGUGUGUUCACUAUGUGUUAGCCUAGCUUAGCACAAAGGCUGGACAGCAGGGAGAAACUGCUAGCCUUGCUCCAUCAAAGGUGCCAAUAACCGCAAAGCUAUCUGAUCAACAUCAGGUUUUCUUAUUGUCAACAAAUGUUAUUGUUAAUCCCAUCAAAACCUGAUAUAUCUUCUUCCUCUGUAAACACAGAGCUCCAUCCUUUUGCAAAAACUGUUGAAAACACAUCAGUCAGCCACACUGGGUACAUUUACAUGCAGAAUAUAUAAUAUAAUAUUCAGAUUUUUCUAUGAGUCAUGUUAACAGCAUAGUCUGUUUGAUAUUCUGAAUCAGGCCUUUUUCUGAAUGGAGCAUUUUCCGAUUAAGACAUUUGGAAUAUGCCGGUAUUAUUCGGAUUUUAGGAGGAUUCGUAAGACUUGUAUACAGCACAUUCGGAAUAUGCGUCUCAGUUUGCGACAUGCGGCUUCUUGUCUGUUUACGGUCAGCUCUGUGUGUUGUCAUGGUUAUGUUGUACACAAACCAACUCGCCAAUAGUUUGCAAGGCUGAGGUGGAGAUGCAUGCCCAUAAGAAAAGCCCACAUUUCUGAUCAGAAGAAGAAACACGCCUAGAUGUAAACAGUAGGAAAGACUCGGAUAUCAACAGGAAUUUGGACAUGUGCAAAUAUCACAACGCUGACCUUUCAAGGAUAUGAUAUGAUACGAUACGAUAUACUUUAUUGUCCCUGUAGGGAAAUUUGUCUUGGACACAUUGUUGGUUUUGGUCUUUUUAUGGGAUUUGUUGACAAUAAAAAGAUACAGAGCAAUGUCAUUAUUCUUUUCCUAGAGCCUGUAAAUAAAUGUCACUUUUGGUGGAGCUAGUCAGUUUCAGUCUUUGAGGAACUCACCGGAUAAAAUGAGCCGUAUACAUGCAGGUACAGUUUGUCCCAGGUCUGGAGGACGCCACACAUAUAACGAAUGUACUCUUGAGUUAACGUAUAGCUCACACUGAAGAGAUGCCGUGUUUUAAGACCUGACUUUUGUCUCGCCGUUCAGGCUUAAACUCGCACUCAUUCACACAGAAACGGGUGGAGAUUCUCCGAUCACAAAUGAAUGCUUUCAUCCAAAGUGACUUACAGUGCCGUGAAUGCAUACAGUACACUUGCAGUAAACAACACUCUUGUUUGAUAGAAUCAUUCCUUUCUCUGCAUCAUUCUCGACGAUCUGUUUACACGUCAUCUUUUGCACUCAUCCAAUGAUAAGAAUGUAAAUGUAAAAGACGGUAUUCGGUGUAAAAUGUAUCUUUGCUGUCGUUGGUUUAGGUUUUGUUGACAGUGUUAAUAGAUAUUUUGUAUACAAAGCUAUUAUGUGUCGUCAAGUGGAAGUAGUAGUCCUACAGUACUUUAACUUGGCAGAACAUUUAUCUGGAUCACAAACAAAUCACGUCUUUCUUUUUUUUCUUCUUAUCUGUUAUGUGAAUUUAAGACCUUUAAGGGUUCGCUUCUUCUUGUUUCCGUCUUUUUUUUUUUUUUUUUUUGGUGUUAUUUACAUUUCGGCAAAUGUCGGUCAAUAAGGUCAUGAAAAGUUCUCUUAGUGGAUUUUAGUAGAUAUAGUUUGCAUGCACCCUUUUUGUAUACCUGACUAGAAGUUGUGUCAAUCAUUAUUUAUUCCAAAUUUAUUGCAAGUUUCCAUUUUUUCAAGCCAAAUAGUGCACUGUAAUUUUUUCCAUCUGUCCAACAAACCAAGUCAGAUUGAUACACUACAGUUUCAGUAAUAUCUAAUACUAUAUCCUGAAUGUUACUGUUUAACGGGCUAAAAAGCAUUAGCCAUCAGUUUUUUAAUGGCUUCAUGGGCCCUAAAACGCUGACGGGAAACUUGAGUUUUGUCAGGUUUACUUUCCACUGCUUCUUUACCACAUAAAAAGCUGAUUCUGAGACAUUUGGACAAAUUGUCCACUGAGUAUUCCAGAGGUCCAUCAUCUGAUCAGACUUCUGAGUCCUUUAGCACUUUGUGAAUUUAGGCACUGAGUAUGACUGCUGCUGUUGAUUAAAAACCCAGUUUCAUGUGAAAGAGGUUUUUUUGUUUGCUCACAGUGUGAAAGCAUUGCUCUUUGUGAUGAUCUCUUCUUUCAUCCACCUGCUCUGCUGUUACUUUUGUCUUGCACACGUGUACAUGUGAAAAGCCAGUUUAGAAACCCAGUUAACUGUACGCAUGACGGAGAAAGCAGUGUUCUCUAGGGCUGGGUAUCAGUACUUGAUACCUUUAAGGCAGGGUUUACGUUGGCCGGCAUAUGCCAGCCUUUCGCCAGUACCACAUGUAGCUGUCUGACAAAUUAAAGUAUCAACAGCCAAAACGUCUGGUGGGAAAUUUGCCAAAUAAAUGAAUACAUAGCCAGAUAUUGUGUGACCUGUAAGAUGUGUUGCCAAGACAACUUUAGUAUAAACUUACAUUAUGUUAACCAGAUUUAAUUGUGGAUGGAUCUAUUUAACCACCGAAGCCACGCAGUGAGUCCCUGCUUUUUCAGAGCAUAUGCCACAUCCAUGACAGUCACAGUCUUUGUCUUAGUGUUCUCGGUGUAGUUAGGUGACGGCAUCAUGGAUCACACUCUCUAGAGAGACCUUCAAACACAUCAUGGGUCUCCCUGUAGAACUGGAGAUAACCUUCACUCCACCUUGGCGAGUCAGACAAGGAUAACAGGCUUGGUGAUUAUGGUGACGUUUGCCACACCGAGUCCUUUUCCUCCUUUGCCUUUGCCUCUGCCUUUUAACCUCUGAUUAGUCACUUUGUUUAAUAGACUGCUUCUUCAUUUAACUUGUUUUACGUUAUUUAGAUAUUGUUUUAUUGCCGUAUAAAUGAAGGCUUUAAUAUGGCAAUUUAAAACAUACUCUCACCCAGUGGUGUAGUGGUAGUUGAUGAGGUGGGUAUAUUGCUAGUUAGAUGAGGAAGUAUAUUACAAUGGCUGUUUAGCUGAUAGGUGGGUAUACUGUAACUGGAUAGAAAAAGAAGUGGGUAUAUCCUGUGUACCUGACCGUACCCCUCAUUACACUACUACUCUCACCAGCUGUGACUGGCACAUAGCUCACCACAUACUGUCUGUAGUGUGGUGAAGUCGAGCACAGUGUAUUUGACCUAGUUGGCAGAUCAGCGUGCCAAGAUGACCCCAAAACAUUUAAAAGUAUGGCUUUACAUUACGCCACUCCAUUCACAUUAUAGGUAUUGGUAUCUCUUUGCUGGUACUAGUGUUGGUACUGGUAUUGCAAUUUAAAAAAAAAUACCCAACCCUUGUGUUCUCCAGGAGAAAUCUUCCUGUGAAACUAAUCUCGGACCCACCAGGGUUCUGGUUUACACGACAUGUACUGUAAGAGAACAGCGACUGUAACUUGUGACUGAGGUGCAUGUACUUCUACUCUGUGAGGUCCAUCGUCAGUCUGUCACUUCAUCCGCUGAUCACAGCAUCUCUGAUAAAACCUUGUAUCAUCACUGAAACUGGAUUUUGGGUUUUUAUGCAAACAGCAGCAUUACUCUUGACAGACGUGUGUGUGUAGGAGUGUGUGCAGUGCUUCAGGUUUGUACUGCUUCCUGUUGUGUGUUUGUGGUGCUCAGUCAUUGCAAAGGUGGUGGAAGAUGCAUGAGGCAGCCCUACUAUUACUACUACUACUACCACUACUACUACUACUACUACUACUACAACAACUACAUAUGUAGCUAUUGUGUUACUGUGAAAGCAUGCUUCAUAUGUACCAAAAAAAAGCAAAGUACUUAUACUGUUAUCUUGUACUACUAUGUGUACUUUUGUAGCAGAGCGAGGUCUAUUUUAAUGGUACAGUAUUUGAAGGAGAGUUGCACUAAACCGACCAAGAGCACUUAGCUUGGAGCUGAUUUCAUACGAAGGGAGUGUUGUAAACUGGACAAUCAGGUUUGGAAAAGUCUGGAAAAUAAAUUUUAUUACUUCUGUGUUUUGAAAUGUUUUGAGGAAAAUGUGCUCUGGAAUGGGGAGAGAAAGAAAGAAGCUUGAGAAGCAGGUGAAAACAUAACCGAACAAGUAUUAUAACUGCAGUUAUUGUUAGUUUGAUUAUGACACUACUACCUUUCUUGCCGUGAGUCGGUAGAGAUUAAAGUUAGUUUUAUGUUGUGUAAAAACUGUUUCCGCGCCAAGUUUGAUAUCCUUGAGUUCAUCAUGUUUGUCUGUAGGGAUUUCGUUUGCAGAAGUAAUCUCUAGUUUUGUGCCUUCACUGAGAAACUCUGUUGUCUGUAUAACACUGUGCAAAAUGCAAUACUGUGAAGAACUGGAAUACUUUUUAUGUUGAAACUUGUCGGUCUGUGUGAUAACCAUCGAAGAUUAAAGAACAUGAC